UGUCCGGCCCUCGGCCCAUAGGAGGAGCAGUUUGCGAACGCCUGGGGCCGAGCUGACAGUUUCAGGGGCAGAGGAGGUAGCCGAGAGGCCGAGCGGCACCUUCCCAGACUGCGCCCCGAUGCUGCGCGCCCUGACCUGCGCCCUGCGCCUUCUGCGCUCCUGGAGGCCCCUGGGGGCCCGCGGCUGUGCCUCGGAGCCGGCGGCCGCGGGCCGCGAGAUCCAAGUGUGCCCUCUGGAGGGUCCAGAACAAGGGAUUACUGAGAUUCUGAUGAACAGACCGAGAGCCCGCAAUGCCCUGGGGCACGUCUUUGUCAGCGAGCUGCUGGAAGCUCUGGCCCAGCUGCGGGAGGACCGGCAAGUGCGUGUCCUGAUCUUCAGAAGCGGAGUGAAGGGUGUGUUCUGUGCAGGUGCAGACCUGAAGGAGCGGGAGCAGAUGAGUAACGCGGAGGUGGGGGUCUUUGUCCAGCGGCUCCGAGGCCUGAUGAAUGAGAUUGCGGCCUUCCCUGCGCCCACCAUCGCAGCAAUGGAUGGAUUUGCCUUAGGUGGAGGCCUGGAACUUGCCCUGGCCUGUGAUCUCCGAGUGGCAGCAGCUUCCUCGGCUGUCAUGGGGCUGAUUGAGACCACCCGAGGGCUCCUCCCAGGAGCAGGAGGGACUCAGAGGCUGCCUCGAUGCCUGGGGGUGGCCCUGGCGAAGGAGCUCAUCUUCACAGGCCGAAGACUGAGCGGGAUGCAGGCCCAGGCCCUGGGGCUGGUGAACCACGCCGUGGCCCAGAAUGAGGAGGGCAACGCUGCCUACCACCGGGCGCGAGCACUGGCCCAGGAGAUCCUGCCCCAGGCCCCCAUUGCUGUGCGGCUGGGCAAAGUAGCCAUUGACCGAGGAAUGGAGGUGGACAUCGCAUCAGGGAUGGCCAUUGAAGGGAUAUGCUAUGCCCAGAACAUCCCCACCCGGGAUCGGCUGGAAGGCAUGGCAGCUUUCAGGGAGAAGCGACCCCCCAGAUUUGUUGGCGAGUGACUUCUGUUUAACGUUAAGCACGGGAAAUGCGCACCUUACAGGGCAGGAUUCUGAAAGAAAAUCUGCAGUGCAACAGCCCUCAUCAUUUCACCUCUCUGGGCUUCAGUCUCCUCACAAGGAUGAUGGAUAUAAAAUGAGUGGCAUAGUACC